CAAUAUUAGUAGUGUGAAAGAGAACCUGAGGAGGGAUUGGGAGUCCUUUAUUAACAAUGAGAUGCAUCAAAUGGGGAUGAUUUGGAUCCACUGGGAUCCAAAGAGAGUUGCCUUGAAGGUUCUUUACAGCUAUGCUCAGAUGGUGCACUGUCACAUUCAGUGGCAUGAACAGAAGUUGGAAUUCUUUACCUCAUUUGUUUAUGGAUUCAAUGAACUGGAGGAAAGGAAAUCGUUGUGGAAGGACAUCGAAACUUAUGCAAGUAGCAAUGAGGCUUGGUGUGUAAUUGGAGAUUUCAAUGUCGUCCUUACUUCUGAGGAUAGAAAGGGGGGCAAUCCAGUGAGUAAUGGGGAAACUGCUGACUUUAGGGACUGCCUUGAAAAAUGUGGACUAGAAGAAAUGCCUUUCUCAGGUCCAUAUUUCACUUGGAACAACAAACAAAAAGGUGGGGAUAGAAUUUACUCAAAAUUGGACAGAAUGGUGGCCAACAUUGAAUGGGUUCUCAAGAUGGGGACUAAAACAGUUAUCAUACAUGAGGUGGUCAGUAAAGCUGAUCAUGCCUCAAUCUCUUGUGUGAUGGAGUGUCUGGCCCACCUGUAUGAAACUACAGGGCUCCAGCUGAAUCCAAACAAAUCCCAGAUUAGAAGCAGGCUAAGGAGAUAUCUGGAAGUCCAAGCAGAAUGUGGGAAUUGUGGAGAAAAAGAAGAGACAUUUGAGCAUUUGUUUUGGGAGUGCACUAUUGCAAAGGAGAUUAGAGAGGAAAUCUUCAUGAGGAUGGGGAUAAAAUGCAAAGCCACUUCCCUCGAGCACAUGGAGACAGAACUGGGGAACAUUAAGACAAAGAGGAGGAAACUAAUGACUAAUGCAGGGUGGGCGGCAGUAUGCUAUACCAUCUGGAAAAAGAGGAAUGAUGUUAUUCACAAUAAGAAUAAAGAUAAAGAAGGAAUUGGAGAAGGUCAAUCAACUUCUAGGCCACCGCUCUUUGAUGGCACCAACUACACAUAUUGGAAAGAGCGAAUGAGAAUUUAUAUCCGCUCAACCAACUUCCAGUUGUGGUUGGUCAUCAAGAACGGCGAAGAAACGCCAAUGAAGAAGGUUGGUGAACAACUCGUCCCAAAGACCGAGGACGAAUUUGAUGCCGAAGACAUCAAAAAGGUGGAGAACUACGCCAAAGCAAUCAACUUGCUUUACUGCGCGGUCAACCCCGAUGAUUAUCGCAAGAUCUCUUGCUGCACCACCGCCAAAGAAAUGUGGGACAAGCUGGAGGUCACAUAUGAAGGUACGGACCAAGUUCGGGAAGCCAAAAUUGACUUCCUAACGCAGGAGUACGAGAUGUUUAGGAUGAAGGAAGGCGAAAAGAUCGAUGACAUGUUCGAUCGGUUCUCCAAGAUCAUCAACGACCUUCAUGCCCUCAAGAAGACUUACGCUAACAAGGAUCUCGCGAGGAAAAUCCUGCGAAGUCUCACACCCGAAUGGAGAUCAAAGGCCGACGCAAUCUACGAAUCCAUCAGAGUUUCCGACGUCACCAUCGACGGGUUAAGAGGUAAUCUCAAAACUUAUGAAUCCACUAUUCUAACCCCAUCCUUGGAUGAACAAAAGAAGAAAGGAAUAGUACUCAAAGCAACCAAGGAAACGAUGGAAGAAGUCCCAAGCGAUUAUGAGAACGAGUUUGGGCUCGUCAUCAAGAAAUUCCACAAAUUUAAGAAGAAGUAAUUUGAGCACAAAGGAAGAAAGCACGACGGUCCCCUGAAGUGCUAUGGUUGUGGCGAGAUAGGCCACAUCAAGACGAGGUUUCCAAAAGGCAAAAACGACAAGGACAAACCCGGCUUCAAAAAGCAAAGAGCCUAUAUCUCAUGGGGUGGCGACUCCGGCGACGAGUCAACUGAUCAAGAAGAGGAUGAAGCCGCCAACAUAUGUCUCAUGGCACACGAAGACCACGCCGACAAAGUACAAGAGGUAUGUACCACUUCUUCCGACUCUUACACUUUUGAAGAGAUGCAAGAAGCACUUCGUGAGCUUUACGAUGAAUUUGUUAGCGCUUCUAAAAGCAACAAAUCAUUAAAGAAACGUCUUUCAACUCU